AUGGUGGACAAGGAGAAUCAGGUGAUUAGGUUGCGACCUUAUGAAUAUAUUCAUGUAAUGGACAGGAACACUUGUGAGGUGAUGCUUGUGGAGGGCCCGCGCUCCUUCACGAUGUUGGACCACCACAUAAGUCUCCACGACAAGGUGCAGAACCACGUUGUUGUUCCACCGGGCCACUACUGCGAAGUAGAGAACCCCGUGGUGAAGCCGACUGCAAGCUCAUCUGUGGGGACCCUGUGUAAUGAGAUGGGCCACCGUGAAGUGCGUUUGAGCCAGGACCCGUUCCCGCUGCACCCUGGCGAGAAACUCGUGACGGAACCUCAGCCGAUGCGUAUUCUGGCUGCUAACGAAGCGAUUGCGGUGCGUGCGUUGAAGGAAUUCACAUACUCCGUCCCCGCUCUGGGCGGGAGUAACAACGGUGAGAAGGGUGACACCACUGGAGUUGCAGUACGCCGUCGUGCCGUAGGAGAGGUUUGGUUGGUGCGUGGUCCCUGCGAGUACGUUCCGCGUGUGGAGGAGGUGGUGGAGGGCAAUGUGACGCCCAUUUUUCUAUCUGCGGGUCAGUCGCUCGUCUUGCGUGCGAACUGCAAUUUCACGGAUAUUAACGGCGUAAAACGGUCACGGGGUGAUGUGUGGGCCGUUACCACUGCGGGCAUGCACUUCCCCGAUCCGUCGGCGAGCGUCGUGCGUGUGCAUGAAGGCGUAAUCCUGUCUGCAACGGAAGCGGUGCGUGUGCGUGCACUCCGCUCGUUCUUCGACCGUCUGGCGGCUGUUGAUCGUGUAGCUGGGGAGCGGUGGCUUGUGACACAUGAUGUCGUGCCGCUGUUUAUCCCCACAGUGGAUGAGGAGGUGGAAGAGAAGAUUUCUCUUACAAUCGUCGGAGAGCGGCAGUACUGCGAGAUACUUAACGUGGUGAAGGGUGGUGUGUGUCACUAUGGUGUGUGCGAAGUACGCCAUGGUCCAUGUUCGUUCUUCCUGCAACCUGGAGAAGUCCUGGUAGGUGGAACUGUGCGGGAGGCGCACAUUCUCUCCUCUGACGAGGCGCUUCUCGUCGUCGCCGUCCGUGCCUUUGUGGACGAGGACGGGGUGGAGCGUGAACCUGCAUCGCGGUGGUUGGUUCAUGGGCCACGGAAGUACAUCCCACCGCAAGGCGUGACCGUGGUGGAGCGCCGGAAGCGGAUGGUGUUGAGUGGCAGUGAGGGUGUGUAUGUACGUGAUAUUUGCACUGGCAACGUGCGGGCGGUGCAUGGUGAGGCUGUGUUGCUGGGGCCUGAAGAGGAGUUAUGGGAAAAGCCCAUCGACCCGCUGGUGCAUAAGCUGCUCACUGCCCGCAGACACUCCAUGUACGCUUCUCGUGUGUGCACAGAAACCUCGGUGGAUGUUGGUUCUGAGGGCCAUCCGAGGACACACAAGAUUGUUAUGUUCAAGGUGCCGCAUAAUGCACUGGUGCAGCUGUAUGACCCGACGACGAACAAGAGCCGCGUGGAGGCCGGGCCACUGACUGUAUCACUUGGUCCGAACGAGGAGAUUAGUGUGGUUGUGCUCUCCGGUGGGCAACCGAAGCGGCGUGGUCACAUUCACUCACUGUUUCUCUUUUUGGGUCCUGACUUUAUGGCUGACAAGAUUGUUGUCGAAACACUUGAGCACGCGCGGUUGCAACUUGAAAUUGCGUACAAUUGGGAGUUCGACACAACGGAUGUGGAGCAUAUCAAGCGUAUCGCCUUCAGCGUGCCGGACUUCGUUGGCAUGGCGUGCAAGACACUGGCGAACCGAAUCCGUGCUGCGAUUGCCAGUGAACCGUUUGAUAACUUCCAUCGAAAUUCAUCCUCCCUCAUACGGCGGGCCAUAUUCCACUCACACUCCGGAACGACGGAGCUGCGUGGCGACAGUCUUUACUUUCCUGUGAACGGCCUUGUGAUAACAAAUGUGGACGUACGCAGCGUUGAACCGGUUGAGGUGAAGAUGCAAAACGCCCUCACGAAAAGUGUACAGCUCGCUGUGGAGAUUAUUACCAAGUCCCAGGAAAACGAGGCUUCCCACCAGGCGAUGUUAAUGGAGCAGGAGGAGAAGGGUGCGCUAGAGCUGCAACUGAUGAAGGACCGCGUGUCGGCAGAGGAGGAGCGAGUGAAACUGUUGCGUGUUGUUGCCGAAAACACUGCAAUCGAACUGUGCGGCGCGAGCAAGGCGCAGGCGUUGGCUGAGAGCGAGGCGCGUUGCGUGGAGUCGCAGGGCGAAUUGGAUGUAACAGGGAUAAGAUGUGAAGCCCAGUCGCUGAUUGCCGCUGCGCAGCUUGCCGGUCUCCGGGAGCGGGUGGAAAGCAAACUCUGCCACCGGCGGGCUAUGGAUGAACUUGCUAUCGCGAAAGCCAAGGCCCUCUCGGACAUCGAUGCGACGAAGUAUGAGAAGAUAUUUGAGGCUCUGGGUAAGGGAACAUUUGAAGCUAUUGCGCGGGCUGGACCGGAACUAAAGGCGAAAUUGCUGCAGGCGCUUGGUCUCAAGGGAUUCCUUGUAACUGAUGGUUCAACACCGAUUAAUUUGCUCGGAAUUGCAGACUGCGUGCUGCACAAAAAUGGGAACGACGCGUUGCCAUGA